AUGUCACUCCUCCACGACUCCUACGCGCGCCCGCGCAUGCCCUCGCCCUCGCCUAGUUACGCUCGCGCCAUUAGCAUUUCCGCCCGUGGCAGCCCGGCCCUUACUGCCUCUUGCCUCAAUGGUUCCCUCCAGUCAACCCCAGAAGGCAUGGUGCCCAUCUCGUCAUCGCUACCCGCUAUCCCUUCCUACACACUGCCAGAGUCGUUGCUCCCUCCUCCCGUUCAGUCGCAGCCAACUUCUUCGCCAUCGGCCAUGGCGGAAGCCCUAGGCAAGGGUCCAGGCCUGAUUCGACGAGUUAGCCGGGGCGCCCAGGGUAUCCCGCAUCGCUUCCGUCGCGGCAAUUCGACUGCUCAGCGCGACAAGAGCUCUGGUCCCGUCAUUAUGCGCCGCCGCAGCGACAGCAGGACUGCCGCCGACGGCGACACAGGCAUCUCCGACUUUGACGCUUUCGAGGAAGAGGAGGCUAUUGAAGAUACAUACGAGCCCAUCCACGGGCUUGGCAUCACCGGCCCUUCGCCCAGCUUCAGCUCAAUACCCGACACCGCGGUCGUAGCCCCGGUACGCAACUCACGCCUCGAACAGGGCACUGUUUUGAAGAAGAUUACCAAAAAGGAAAAGAAGGAAAUCAACCUGCGUCUGGACCUGGAAUCCGCAAAAGUCUUCUGGGACCCCUCCAGACCCUCAAAGGCCUUUUACAUUGAUGAUGUAAAGGAAAUCCGCUCCGGUCCAGAAGCAAAGCACUAUCGCGAAGAGUGCGGACAUUCAGAAAACUGGGCACCAUACUGGUUCACCAUUGUAUACACCGACACAACACGAUCAAAGGGCCGGAUACGAACCAUGCACCUCAUCGCACCCGACGUUGGUGUCUUCAACAUGUGGACCCAGACACUCGAAUCCGUGUCACGUAACCGCAUCGACCUGAUGGCUGGCCUCAUGGGCUUUGCCGACAAGAGUGCCAAGCUCGUGUGGCAAGGCGCAAUGAAGAAGCGUGAAGGCGAAGAGUCCCUCGACUUCCCCAGCAUUGUUGAGUUGUGCCGCAGCUUGCACAUCAACUGCAGCGAAGCCACUCUUCGCAUCUACUUCCAAAAGGCCGACACUCAGUCCACUGGAAAACUCAACCAACAACAAUUCUUGUCCUUUGUCAGGCGCCUAAAAGAGCGCAAGGACAUCAAGACAAUCUACAAGUCCCUGACAUCAGGCUCCAAAAUCGAAAUGGACAAGGUUACCUUCUUCUCCUUUCUCCAACAAGAACAGGGCGUCGAUGUCAACGCAGACCUCGAAUACUGGACCAACACAUUUGAGCGCUUCGCACGUGCCACCAAGCCUCGAGCGCCUGCCACACCUGUCGAGGGCGGUGACAUUCCUCUGCCCCUGGCCAUGAACUUCUCGGGUUUCCAGACAUUUCUCACGUCUGCCGCAAACUCUAUUCUUCGCCCGGUUGGUCGCCAACAAAAACUCGAUCGACCAUUGAACGAGUACUACAUCUCUAGCUCUCACAACACAUACCUCUUGGGCCGCCAAGUAGCUGGUGAAUCUAGUACAGAGGCAUACAUUACUGCACUUCAAAAGGGCUGCCGAUGCCUUGAGAUUGACUGCUGGGAUGGAGCAGACAACGUCCCCGUCGUCAUGCACGGCCGAACUCUAACCAAGAGCAUUCUCUUCCAGGACACCAUCAAGGUCAUCAACAAGUACGCCUUUACCGAGUCGCCAUACCCCGUCAUCCUAUCGCUCGAGGUUCACUGCUCGCCAGUCCAACAGUCGGCCAUGGUCAAGAUUAUGAUGCAAGAGUUUGGCGACAAGCUGGUGCUUCAACCCCUGGACUUUGAGUCGCAGAGCCUGCCUAGCCCUGAGGAGCUCAAGUACCGCAUACUCAUCAAGGUAAAGGGCGCUGCGGGUGACGAAUUCGACACCAGAGCGCUCAUUGGCGAAAUCACGUCACGAAGGCAGCGCAGCUUCAGUUCACCAUGGUCACGACCCAUCAUCAUGAACGACAAUGCUAUCCCAAACUCGCCCCUUCUCUCAAGCCCGCCUUCGAUGAGCCCGCCGGAGCGAUCGGCUACCUUUUGGGCAACCCCUCGAACUUCAAACAAUACGCUACCCACCUCAACAGCUGUAAGCUCGGCAGAAGACAGUGACAGCCCUAAUGUAACUGCCGCAGAAGCUGCCGAGCUGGUUGACGACCGAAGCAAACCCAAGAAAACCAAGACGAGCAACAUCACCAAGGAGCUAGGAAGCCUCGGAGUCUACACCCGCGGUGUCAAGUUUACGGACUUUGGCAGCACGGAAGCCAACACCUUCAACCAUGUCUUCUCCAUCAAUGAGCGCGCCUUCGACAAACUCACCAAGCCUGGAGCACGUGAGAAGCACCUACUCGAAGAUCACAACAUGCGCUGCCUCAUGCGCGUAUACCCGCACGCCUUCCGCAUCAACUCGUCAAACUUUGACCCUCUCAAGUUUUGGCGUCGCGGUGUGCAGAUGGCCGCUCUGAACUGGCAGACGUACGAUCUUGGCCAGCAGCUGAAUGAGGCCAUGUUCGCUGGUGGAGACGACCGCACGGGCUACGUCCUCAAGCCGGCGGCACUUCGCCUCGAGUCACAGACACCAGUUGUUGGUCACCGCAAGGCGCCCAAGAAGCAAGUCAAGUUUACCGUACAAAUCAUCUCGGCUCAGCAGCUGCCUCGUCCGCGAGGUCUCGGGCAAGAGGCCAACAUCAACCCAUACGUCGAGUUUGAGAUGUACUGUGCUGAAGACAUGGGUGCAAAUGCUACAGGUAUUGGAGGCCAGGACGCAUCAGCACGCAACGGUCACUCGGGUAUUGGAAACCCUCUGCGCAAGCGGACGCGCAUUGUUGAGGGCAACGGCUAUAACCCCGAGUUCGGCAAUGAAAUCGACAUGACAGUGACAACAAGAUACCCCAGCCUCGUAUUCGUACGCUGGACUGUCUGGAAUUCGCUUGAUGCACGGACCACGAAUCACGCGCCACUUGCUACCUUCACAGCCAAAUUAAGCAGCAUUCAGCAAGGCUAUCGUCACCUUCCUCUCUACGACAGCAACGGCGAGCAGUACUUGUUCUCGACCCUCUUCUGCAAAAUCAAGAAGCAGGACAUUAUCGAUGCACCUGAAGUCUCGAGCGGCACUUCGUGCGGGUCCUCGAUUGACCCUGGCAGCCCCCUCCAGGAGCCUACCAACACCAAAGCGAGCCGCAGCUUCGUCAGACGCUUGAUCAGCCGUGCACCUAGUGAACGCAGGAGGCGCAAAGAAGAGCUGCACCGCACAGGAAGCGAGUCACGCGAAUCUGACCUAGACCCCAUUAGUCGCUCAAGCACAAUGGAGCGAUAG